AUGGCCCACAAACACUUCGCCAAUCACUUGUCCGACGACGCCCUCCCAGACCUGAAGAUUGCCUACUCCAAGCUUAUUUCUGCAUUGCAGGACACUCUCGUGGUACUUGAGCAGGGGCUCCAGAAGGGCAGGGGUGUCAGCGGAUCAACUGUAUAUGUUGGCUUGGCAGGCAUUGCACUCACAUACUUCCGCCUGUAUGAGUGCUGCAAGAGACUGAAGCACGCAGACUCGCCUGGGCAUGUCAAGAGCAGCAGCUUGGCAGGCGAAGAUCAUGCUGAAGUUUACCUGCAGAGAGCUGCAGCAGUGAUCAAUGCAGCAGGCACCUCGCCGAGCCUGCAGGAGCUGGGCCCUGCUGUGCUGCAGAUGCCACCUGGCGAGUGUGAAUUGCUGUAUGGGCGCAGCGGCUAUUUAUAUGCCCUCCUCUUCACUCAGAAAUAUCUGGGUUCCUCGGCCAUCCGCACUGACCUAGUGAAGGCUGUGGUGCAGCAGAUUCUGGACGAAGGGCGGCGGGGAGCGAGAAGGGUCAAGAAUACACCACUGAUGUGGGCCUGGCACAGCAAAUACUACCUUGGCGCCGCACAUGGAGUGAGCAGGAUUCUGCACACUUUGUUGCUGGCCUGCAAGAUGUACGACCCAGCUGAACUGUACCCUGGCCUGGACGUGCCAAAACUCAUAGAGCAAAGCACAGUGGCCCUGGCUGCCAGCCUCCAGGGCAACAACGGCAACCUUCCAAGCACCUGGGGCUAUGAAGACGACAGGCUUGUGCAAUGGUGUCACGGAGCGCCUGGCUUCCUCCCGCUGGUGGCAAAGGUUUACGCGCAGCACCCACAAGAGCUGCUGGCCACCGCAACCCAGAGGGCUGCAGAUGUGACUUGGACACGCGGCUUGCUUGUGAAGGGUGUGGGGCUGUGCCAUGGCAUUUCUGGCAAUGCAUACAGCCUUCUGAGCGCAUACCGCUCCGCGGGUGAUGAGCGCUACUUCAACCGCGCUGUCCAGUUUGGAGCUUCCAUGGCGGACCACUGGCGGGAGCUGCUGAAUGUCCCAGAAAGGCCUCUGUCCCUCUACGAGGGUCUUGGAGGGGCAAUCUGCUUCUGGGCGGAUGUGAUGGUACCGGCAAGGUCCACCUUCCCAGGCUAUGAGCUCUGA